GUUGGCGGCUCUGGUCAUGUUUCUUGUAAAUCAGACAGCGGCUAGAAAGCUACCCGAGUUCUAACAGUUCGUUACACUGGAGGAAAGCUUCUAGGUUUGUCCCCUGGAUAGAACCUGAAUAGAAGAGGGAAUCAGAAACCAUGUAACCCCAGUCAGGAAUUGAGCAAUGUGGGAACUAAAGUGGUGUCUAGCGUUCAUUUUCAUGAUCACAGUCACUGCAGCCUUGCACAGCCCUUACAAUGUGAUGAUGGACGCGGUGAACACCCGGUACAUCCUGACGUGGGACUGGGACCAAACACAGACCAACUACACCAUGGAGUUUACCUCAGAAUAUACAUUUUCCACAGAAAAGUCCUACACAACAGCGUGCAACAGGACAGCCGAGAAGCACUGUGACUUCUCCCAUCGCCUGGAAUACCACUCGCGCUACGAGCUGCGGGUUCGAGCGGAGGGCAGGAGGGAGAGCUCCCCUUGGUCACUCUGCCGUUUCUCCCCAGUCCACCAGGCACCUCUGGGGCCCCCUUCUGGUGUGGCGAUCCGGAGUAGGGAAGCCAUGCUGACGGUCAUCAUCACAGAGUCACUGACUGUCAACAACAUGCCCAUGAGCUCCAUCUUGCGCUUGUCUUACAGAGUACAGUACUGGGAGAAGCAUGCUCCUCAGAGGUACAGCACCCUGGAACUGCAGGCCACACAGGGGACGCUGACAGCGCUGAAGCCUUGGACAGACUACUGCCUGCGCGUCUGUGCAUUUCACCUGGACUACAAUAAGACCAGCCCAUAUUCCAGCACACAGUGCGUGAAGACUGGGGGCAGGGACCCCCAUCUUGGCUGGUACAUGCUUCCACUCUUGUGCUGUCUGCUGCUCGUGACGUGUCUCAGCUUUUGGCACCGUGAGAAGAUUAGGAGCCUCUUCCUACACCCCGACCUGCCCAGCAGCAUACAGGAUCCUCGUCCGUCAGCUAUGCGUCUCCUGAUGCAGCCCCGAGAGGAGAGUUGCGCAGCGCUGGUGCUGGUAGCUGCGCGGGUACCGCAGCGCCCCCCAGAGGACUGGAGGGCAGAGCAGGCCUCGGCCACGGGGCAGGACAGCUCGGGGCAGGACUCUUCACAGAAGCUAUGAAGAGAAGAACCCCGCUGAACUGCUAGCACUGCCCGGCGUCCAGCGGCAUGGCUGGGUAGCAGACAUCGGCCAGAGCAGCACUGCUGAAUCCUCAGGAUUCAGGAGAAUCUCAGAGACACAGGCUCUGUCCCAGGCCCCGAGCUAUCAAUCUGCUAUUGUCUAGCUAACAGGACUAGUUGGCGGCAACAUGUUUUGCUACUGAGGAGUGGACUUUGAAAAUGACUCUAUCAUUGACUGUCGACUGACUGAAUUAAAUGACCCAAUGAGCCAGAGGAAAUGUACGGGGGACAAAUGCCUGUAAUGUGCAAAACCCGUGGUACAUUUACAGUAGAUUGUGGGUCCAUUUUGAAAGUGUUUGUUUGUCAUAAAUGACGGCAGCUGUAUUGUUUCUUUGGUGCGUGCUUGUGUGUGUGUGUGUAUGUAUGUAUAUGUGUGUGUUUGUGUGUCUGCAUGGGUGCGCGCACACAUAUGGGACACAAUGAGAGUGCUGCUUUACUGAAUGGUACUGUCUUACUAAAGGUCAAUUUACACCGAAAUCAAUAACUGUCUAUGGCGAUAACAAUAACCAUAUAAGUAAAAAAUUCAUUUAAAAAAACUAUAAAUGCAGCCAUAAGGAUAACAAUAACUACAAGUUUUGAUCGCUCCCAGAAUGAUUACUUUUAUUCAGGUACAGUGAUAAAGCACCUUCAGCCAAUAAAAACUGAAUU